AUUAGAAAAGGUUCUGCCAGAAGACCCAGGAACAGAAUAGGUAGACCAGAAAGAUGGUGCCAGAACCCAGAAUCAGGGACUGGCCUGAAUCCAAGACCAGACUAGGAAAGGAAGGAGCCCAGGCCCUUGGCUCCCCCAUUUCAGUCUGCUUUGGGCUGGGAGGGCAUCUGACCCAAGGGACAGAAGCAGAUAGCACAGGAAACCAGGAAGCUUGAGAUUCGAGGCCGAGCCUGGAUCCUGGAAGAGGUUUGGGGAUCAACCUUAACCAAUAGGCCCCAGCUGGAGGCCGCCUCAGAAAGCAAGGUAUGAGGUCUGCUGAGGUAGAACCCUGGCCCUGUGUGAGGUGAGGCUUGGUUGCCAGGUGACUCCAUUGGCAGUCACCUGCUGUCAGAAGAACUCUGCUUGCUGUGUCCACCCUCAGCUACAGCUACCCUGGUGCCACUCCUCUUGCCACCAUGGCACGUCAACUCAACAUGGAUACUCUGCGGCAGAACUUCUGGAAGGAGGACUAUCUGAGGGAGAAGAUGUUGCGCUGUGAAUGGCACCGCAAGUAUAGCUCAAUGGUGAAGGCUAAGCAGAAGGCUAAGGCUUCAGCCCGUCUCCCCCUCAAACUGCCCACCUUGCACCCCAAAGCCCCACUCUCGCCCCCACCUGCCCCCAAAGCAGUACCAUCCAAGGGCCCCAGCCCUGUCCCGAAGGCUCCUAUUCAGGCAGAAAUGUACCCAGUCCCGUCUGCCACCCGGGCCCUACUGUAUGAAGGCAUCUCCCACGACAACCAGGGGCGCUACCAGUACCUCAACACCCGAAAACUGGACUUGCCAGAGAAGCGCUACAUCUUCCCCAUCACCACCAGCUUCACUUAUGGCUGGCAGCUGGGCCCCCCAGUGAAGCAAGAACUGGUCUCCUGCAAGAUGUGCCGCAUUGAAUCAUUCUUCCGCAAGAACGGGGCCUUCGAUUUUCUUGACCCCCGGGACCUGGCCCUCUGACCUGGGCCCAGGCAGUGGACUCAGGGAAAGGAAAAGAAAUAACAGGCCUCCCGGUGGGGUGAAGCCGUGGUGUGUGUCUCUGCCUCUGGCCCUCCCGGGCCCUGAGACUAUGAUCAGGACUUUUCCGAAACCACCUCUGACGUGCAC